AUGGCGGAAGAUUCCGAAGCUGCCUCCCGGGCGUCAGCGGCGCUUGCUGAUGGCGACGACGGAGGCGCAGAUUCGGCGGCUCCCGCUGCGCCUGCUCGUCCGCCCGAAACGAGGGAAGAAAUGCUGGAGCGGCACAGGGCGGAGGCUAAAGACCUAGUCAAGAAAGAAAUGGCGAUGAAGAAAGCGGCUGCGAAGGGCAGCAAGGCGGAGCAAAAAGCCAAGAAGAAAGCCGUAGAGGAAAAGGUUCAAGCAUUAGAAUCCGAGAUGAAAGGCCGUCAUAAGCGCGAACUCGACGAGCUCGCUGCCUCCGCGGCCUCCGCCACGUCAGCAGCCGACGCGGCGGCCGCGGGCGUCGCCGGCCUUGCCGUUUCCGGAGAACCCGGUGGAAGAAGUGAGGGAGCAACAGGAGCAGGAGGAGGAGCAGGAGCAGAGGCGCCGCGAGUCUCCCGCGCGCAGAAGCGGCGGGAGAAGAAGACGCGGCAGGAGGCGGAGCGGGCGGCGCGGAUCGAGGAGGAGCAGGAGGGGCUGGUGAGCGAGCGAGUGGUGGAGGAGCAACGGCUAGCGGCGAAGCUAUCGCCCCUCGGGCUCACCCUAAGAGAAGUCAAGCCGGACGGCCAUUGCCUGUUCCGCGCAGUAGAAGAUCAGUUGAGAGGAGUGGGAGUGGGAAUGGCUGGUGAGGGGAUGGGUAUGGGCGCGGCGGGAGCGGUGGGUGGGUCUGGCGGAGAUGGGAUGGAUUUCUGGGGGUUGAGAGCGGUGGCGGCGAAGUACAUGCGUGCGCAUGCGGAGGAUUUCAUGCCGUUUGUGGUGGCGGAACUGGCUUCAGGUGAGCUGCACCCGUAUGGGGAUAACGGAGCAGGAGCAGCAGGGGCAGGAGGAGGAAUAGACGGAGUGGGUGGAAGCUUCUCAUCUGCAGCAGCAAAUGCUGCUGCUGCUGCUGAGUGGGAGUCUGAACCGGAGGAGAGGCGGAUGUUCCUUCGUUAUUGUCACGAGGUGGAGCACACUGCAGCGUGGGGCGGCCAGCUGGAGCUGCAGGCGCUGGCACAGUCGCUGCGGCGCCACAUCGUCGUCUACUCAGCCGACCUGCCAGAUGUCAACCUGGGAUUGGAGUACGCUCCUGCAGCCGCAGACGCAGCAGCAGCAGCGGGCGGGGCAGGGGCAACCGCAGCAGCAGGAGCAGCAGCAGCAGACAGCGCAGUGACAGGAGCAGGAGCUAGCAGCGGUGCUGCUGCUGCUUCUGCUGGUCCUGCGCCUAUCCGAGUGUCAUUCCACCGCCAUGCGUAUGGUCUGGGAGAGCACUACAAUUCCGUGGUGCCGCUGCCAGUACCUGCUGCUGGGGCUGGGCUGCUGGGCGAUGUGAGUGAGGAGUGA